UAAUACGUGCCAUGACAGGUCACGCUGUUGUUGGCAGAAUGUCCUGUUUUAUUCCUGUAAUCGAAGUGAUCCCUGAACUUUUAUCGCAAAACUCCAGGAAACGUGCUCACACACCACACAAAAUAUUUACUAUACUCUUGCAUAAGCGGGCGCUUUCGUGGAACUAAAAGGGAGAACACGCUGUUUUGAGUGUUUGUUCUCUGGUAUGAACAAACCGUCUCACAUGCACUUUUUAAAUAUGUACACGUUUUAAUUUCCUCUAAGAACAAUCUAAACAAAUGAUCAGCCUCAUAUUGGCAUGUAAACAAAGCAAGUUGAUGUUGCGUUUGAAGAACCUCUGUGAGAAACCGCUGGUUUUGUUUCAUGUGGAAACAGCCUGAUCGGAAAAUGGUAAUUCGUGUGAAUGUUGAUGGAAGAAUAUGAUGUUCAAUUGGUAAUCUGUGUUUGAAUAAAUGUUUUCAUUUUGGUACAUUUGAAAGAAAUGACGUGCCAUUCUAAUCAUGUAAAAAUGAAAUCAAAUUGCAUAUUCUUCUGAUUCAUUCAUGUAAUAACCUGUAUGGUUGACAACACGUUGUGCCACAUAUACAUGACUUUGAUGUUAUUUCAUCAAUGUAUUAAAGCUUUAAAAGCAAAUGUAAGCGGUGAAUUGCGCUGUAAUGGUGCAAAUUCCGUCGGUCCAUAAAUACCACACGGCUUGCCAUCCGAUCCGGCGCAGGGCGGUAUAAACCAGCAUCGUCAAGCGAUUGUAAGACACCGGAUACACCUUACAAAAUAACACAAUAAACUACUAUUUCAAAACAACGCCAUCGUUUUGACCCAUCAGAUAUAUGUGAAACAGUUUUUCCCAAAUAUGAUAUCAGUAGUUAUACUCACUACUUUAUUUAACUUGACUCAAAAUAUAACUUAACGGCCACAUACGGAGUUCGUUUUUUUUACUUUGAAAAUCCAAACAGAAAGUCAUUCAGUGUCAACACAGUAAGACUGUUUAGCAUAGUGCGAAUAGACACAGUCAAUCUUUGUUUACGCCCUGUUGCGGUAACCAACUUCUUAGCGACUGCAUGACUUUCUCUGUUGUGUCGGGUUGUUUUUUGGUAGCAACAUAGUGUGAAUCCCGGACAAUGGCUCACAACUGCUGGGACUCGAGGUUGUGGUGUCACAGACUGAUGCUGGCAAGCGGGUUAGCUGGAUUGCUGUGACCCUCCGUCCACACAAGUACAGGUCGACCCACAUCUGCAGAGAAGGUAUUUAAGCUCCCAGAAAUAAGCUUUUUGGAGAACGUAUUCUGUUGAUAUUCUCCAGCAUUCAGAGUCAGAAAUCUGUCCACAAUGGAGACUUCCUCGGUGACCCUGACUGUUCGAGGAGAAACUCUUCCAGGCGAAGUGAUUGCUGUCGUCGGUAGCUGUGAAGCCCUGGGAAUCUGGAGCCACCAAAAGGCUGUGGUGUUACAGCCCUGCGAUAUUGCAAAUACAUGGACAGCAACAGUCAGUGUCCCUAAAGGAGUCAUCAUCAAGUACAGAUACUUCAAAGGCUUCUUUUUGGAGUCAAAGAGUGCAGGUGGUCCCUGUCAAGUGAUAGUCAAAAUGUGGGAGACCCAUCAUCAACCUCGCACGAUGAGCCCCACAGCGACAACCGUGACGAUCGACAACGGAGAGUUCGGAAUCCACAAUGGGCUGAAAUGUGUCGACUCCGGAUGGCUGACGUGCCAGACAGAGAUCCGCCUGAGACUGCACUAUUCUAAGAUGCCGCCCGUGUCCAUCACCAAGAAGAAAUUCAAGAAGUCCCGCUUCAGGAUCAAGUUGACCUUGGAGGGCAUUGAGGAAGAGGAGGAUGAGGAAGAUGUGCUCAGUCCAUCCUCGCUGCACAAGAUGCCCACCACUCUCGAGAUCAGCAUGAUCACAGCCAAUGGAUACAACUCCCGCCACUCCCAGCCCGAGUGUGGCUACGCCCUAGAGCCGUCCAAGUGGACCGAGUACAGCAUCCACACCAUGGAUCCAGACAACCUGGAGCUCACCUUUGAGUUUUUUGAGGAGGAUCUCAGUGAACACGUGGUCCAGGGUGACGUUCAUCCAGGUCAUGUCGGGACAGCAUGCCUCCUUUCCUCUUCGUUUUUGGAGAGUGGGAAGGACAAUGGUGUUGUUACACUUCCCAUAAUGGGACGUAAUUCCAGACAGACCAUUGGGAAAGUUAGAGUGGAUUAUCUUGUGACGCGGCCGAUACACGGACUGCAGUGUGACAUGAGCUCCUCAUUCACCAAGUAUUGGAAGAAAAGAAGGCCUCUGGAUGUGGGUCACCGAGGAGCAGGAAGCACACACGCAGCCAAGCACCAUAAAGUCAGAGAGAAUACCAUCGCUUCAUUCAAAAGUGCUGCCAACCAUGGUGCCGCCUACGUAGAGUUUGACGUCCACCUCUCCAAAGAUGCUGUGCCUAUCGUGUACCACGACCUCACUUGCUGUAUAGCUUCCAAAAAGAAAAACGACAAGAGACUGGAGCUAAUUGAAGUUCCUGUUAAAGAUUUGACAUUUGAUCAGCUGCAACUUCUAAAGCUGGCGCAUGUUACCGCCAUGGGGCAUGAUGACAAAGAUUGUACUUCAGAUCUGCUGGAAGAGGAGGAAGAAAUCGAUGAGCAUCAGCCGUUUCCUUCACUCUCACAGAUUUUCCAAGCAGUGCCUGAGCAUGUUGGCUUCAAUAUUGAGCUCAAAUGGAUCUGUCAGAUGAAGGAUGGAUCAUGGGACGGCAACCUUUCGUCCUACUUCAACAUGAACAAGUACCUGGACAUCAUCCUGUCCUGUGUUCUGCAAAAGGGAGGAAACAGGAGCAUUCUUUUCUCCUGCUUUGACCCAGAUAUCUGCACCAUGGUCCGUCACAAGCAGAACAAAUACCCCGUCCUCUUCCUGACUCAGGGAAUCUCAGACAGAUAUCCGGAGUUGAUGGAUAUCCGCUGCCAGUCCACCCAAAUUGCCAUGAGCUUUGCUCAAAGCGAGAAUAUUCUAGGCAUCAGUGCACACACUGAGGAGCUGUUGACGCACCUGCCGUACAUCAAGGAGGCUCAGAGCAAAGGUCUGGUGGUCUUCAGCUGGGGAGACGACAACAAUAACCACGCCAACAGGAUGAAGCUGAGAGAACAGGGGAUUGACGGCCUCAUCUAUGACAGGAUCGGGGAGGAUCAAGGAGACCAGCCAAACAUCUUCCAGGUGGAAGAGCAACAUUCUUUGCAGGAGGUCAUCACAGAGGAGACCCUGAAGAACUCCAUGUGCUCCUGCUACUCCAUCCCCUGCUCCAUGGCUCCGUGCAUCACCUCCAAGCCACGCACGUGCAGCGCAGAGUCCGACUCUGGCCUCAGCUCAUCAUAAGAAGACCACACUUAUAACUUGACAGUGCACGUGAAAACAUUGGUUAUCAUACCAGCGUCUCCUCAGUUCUCAACAUUGCAUUGUCCACCGAAGCUUCCCCACUUUACCAGCACACCUCACAAUGUCUGCUCAGGCCUGUUGCGAUUUGAGGUUUAUGAACACAGAAUGUAAAGCAGGAAGAUAAAACUACACCAGUAUUUAUUUUGCCAACAUGCCAUUUGUUUUUGUUGUCUAAAGUGCUCAAAUAUAAUGGAAUUUUCUGCUGUAAAAUGGGGGAUUGCAUGUCAUAAUGUCCAGCCAGACUUGGAUGUGUUAACUUUUGCAUGUAACCAUAAAUGUAGUUUAUUGUCUCGUACUGGGUUUUAGUUUUGAGGUAGACAAUGAGGUCGAGUUGAUUAUUUGUCACACACUUGUGGAGAGAACGGAGAACAGAACCUUCAAAGUGCUAAAAUCUUGUUUUUAUGUUUUAAAAUGAAUAUGGAUGUAAACUUGAUCGAAUGUUUAUUGGUGCACCGUAGCCUUAAAUUGUUUUUUUUUAAAUAUAUAUUUACUUGACUUGUGACUGAGAUGCUCCAUCUUCAGCACAGGCAAAUGUCAUGUCACUUAAGCAGACUGAUGGCAUGGCACAGGACAUAACAAAAGCAUGAGGUUUUCGCUCGCUGCACAGGUGCUUCGUGCUCUGUCUCCUGAUGUCACUCCAUGAUGUAGUGCAUUAAGAUGUAAAUAAAUAAUUGAACCACA